AUGGAGAAACUGGUGAACCAAGUCAGGACAGCUUUAAAAGAGUGGGGCGCCUUUCACGUCAUAAACCAUGGCGUCCCUUUGAAAGUCAUCCGAAACAUGAGGGCGAAGUUGGCCGGGUUCUUUGCUCAUCCCCUUGAAGAGAAGCAAAAGUUUGUGAGGGACAUUCUGAGCUCCUCAGACUACCAUAACCAGGAUCACCGCAACAGGGACUGGUGUGAAGUUUAUGACUACUUGCUCAACAGCUCUUGCCAGAAGCCAGAGAACCCGCCGGGAUUCGCGUAA